UUCCCGAGAUUAAUUACGACAACCGCCUGUCGAGUGUCGUUUUGUAAGAUAACGAAAGACGGGCCCCACUCCGCAAGGGCCUUGACUUGGGAAAAACGAUAAUCCAGCCCUACCCGGAAAAGGCAGCUGGGCGGCUACUGACAAGUCUCACACACUCUCAUUUGAAAAGCCCAAGAAAAAGAUGACUUCGGCCCCACCGGAAGCUCCAAUCUAAUCUCACGGAAACUGAUGUCAAAGACUGACCCUUCGCCAAGACUCAAGAGUCGGACCAGCGAAUCCGCGGCGCUAGUCUCAUCUGCGAGAAAAUGCUGCCGAUCGUUGAAACGAGCUGAUGUGGGUAAAUCUGACAAGACACUCCAACGCUUCCCUGGAAAAAGACCCUAAUGUCCAUCACCGCCGCCGUGGUCUUUUAAACCACUCGCGCCGCCAACGCCAGCCUUUAUCCCCUCGUUCCGGUCACGGAAUUCAUCGCCAUGAUGCAACGUUUCAGCUGCAGGACAAUAACGGUCGCAGUAGUCGUCACCUACGCGCUAGGUUGGUUGCUAUGGUUUCGCAAUCGAACCGACGGGUCGUGGAUUGCAGCGACCACAUACGCCGCCGCCGCCGCCGAAGAUAACCUCCUCGACGUGAAGAAUGCCACUCUAGGGUUCCAGAAGCUUUUCGCUAUCGGCUUCAAGGAGCGCACCGAUAAGCACGAUGCGAUCGCGCUAGCAGCAUCCUAUACCGGCCUGGAAGUCGAUUGGCUUGAAGGUGUCCGUGCCGCCGAUAUACCCCCUAAAGCAUAUCCAGGUGUAUGGACGGAGGAGAAACAUCGCGAUAAGCCGGCCGAGCUUGGAAGCUGGCGUGCCCACAUGAACGCUCUGCGACAUAUCGUGGAAAACAAAAUCAGCAGCGCUGUCCUUAUGGAAGAUGAUUCGGACUGGGACGUGAACAUCAAGACACAGAUGGUCGAAUUCGCACGGGGCACCAGGGCGCUUCAGGGAACCCAGGGAAUCCCAUUCUCCCCGUAUGGCGACGGCUGGGAUAUGCUAUGGCUAGGACAUUGCGGAAUUAAUUCUCGCGGGGAGCCGAAGUUCUACGUGAUCCCUAACGAUUUGACUGUUACGCCGCGACCCCACCAGAACGAGUUUGUCCGUCCACCCUUGGCAGAGGACCCCAACUUCCAGAGCCAUCGUCUUAUAUUCAAUGCCGAUAACGCCAUCUGCUCGUGGGCCAUGGCAUUUACCUACGAAGGUGCCCGGAAAGCACUGACUGCGUUGUCCUACGUGGGUAUCGACGAGCCUGUCGAUCUAGGGUAUAACUUCCUAUGCACCAAUAUUCUACAUGUGCCAUAUCAAUGCCUGUCGUCGCAUCCUAGCAUCAUGGGUACCUGGGCGCAACGGGGCCCAGCUUCGCGGGAUUCAGAUAUUACUGACGGGGACGAUACAUGGCAUGAAGCAAGCUCACGGUCUCUGACUUAUAGCACUAUGCUGAAUAUUCUCCCGCUCGCAAAUAAUGAGACGAUCUUAUCAGCAACAUGGGACGAUGUGCCGAAGCCCAAAAUCGAUAUUACGACGUUUGAGAUACCCAGUGGUUAUUUGUACACUCCCGAUCUUGCGUGAAUGUUUCUCAUAUCUGUACCUUGCUUUUCAUUUAUUUAAUUUUUUUUUGUCUAAUUUACAUGACAUUUCUUAAGUAUGUAUCGAACUGAUAUGAUCACGCUCUGGAGCAAUGACAACAGUCUGAUAGAUGAACUUGGAACUUGAUUCCGCAGCAGCACCGAAAGUGUUGAAUUUGGAUUGUGUAGGUUUUCGGUGACUUUGGAGACCUAUAUUUCAUACCCAUGUCUAGCAGAGUAGGAAAGGGUUGUCGAGCUCCUCUAGACGAUGAUCGCUUAGAUGAUUUCUGGUUUGAUUCUUCUACAUUUUCUCUCCGUGUCCGCCCAAUUCUUCUUUCGCAUACUUUACCCCUACAUAAGAUUCACAUUGCGUAGA